AUGAAAGAAAAUUCUGGUUGCAAUGAGGAUCUCUUAAAAAGAUUAGAUAUUUUAAUAAGACAGAAUAACCCAUUUUCUAUUAGUUUUAAAACCUUGGGAGAAAUUGAGAAAGAAGAAAAAAAUAGGGCUAUUCAAGAAAAUCGUCCAGUUCAAAAAAUCAAUAUGAUUUUUCGUGCAGAUCGCUCAAGUGACAAGCGAAGAUAUAACAUUCCUAAUAUAGAUGAAGUAGCUAUGAUUUUUACAAAUGAUGAUGGUGAACCUCCAUUUAAACGGGAUAUCAAGGUCUAUCCUCGAGUUGAUGGUAGUGAUCUGAUAAAUAUAAAUAUAUUAAGCCCUAAUCUUGAUCCAAUGGUAUAUCCUCUAUUAUUUCCUUUUGGUGACCCUGGUUGGAAACCAGAUUUAAAGGGUGAAGAUAAAGGGCGUACAAGGGCAAAUAUCUCACUACUACAGUUUAAAAUAUUUAGAUUAGCAAUUCGUGAAAAUGAAUUCAACCCAAUCCUUUUUGCUGGGAAAUUAUCACAACAAUAUAUUGUUGAUUCCUAUUUACAGGUCGAGGCGAAUAAUUUAAAUUUUAUUCGACAAAAUCAGCCAAAAUUACGAGUAGAUGAAUAUUCUGGAUUAAUGGACAACUUGGAAACAAAGUCAAACAAUAUAAUUCCCGGCAAAGCAGUAAUAUUACCAUCAUCUUUUCAAGGUUCUCAAAGAAAUAUGCGAGAACGCUAUCACGAUGCAAUGACCAUUGUGCUCAAAUUUGGCAAACCUGAUUUGUUUAUUACUUUUACAUGCAAUCCUAAUUGGCGUGAAAUUAAGGAAAAUCUAUUUCCCGGGCAAAGUCCUACAGAUAGACCAGAUUUAAUAGCCCGUGUUUUUAAAUUGAAAUUAAAUGAAUUAUUGUUCGAUAUAAAUAAAAAAAAUUUAUUUGGUAAAUCUAUGGCUUUUAUAUAUACAAUCGAGUUCCAAAAAAGAGGUUUGCCUCAUGCCCAUAUACUUAUUAUUUUAAACGAUGAUAGCAAAAUUGAAACAUCUCAAGCUAUAGAUAAAUUUGUUUGUGCCGAAAUGCCAGAUAAAAUUCUCGAUCCUAAACUUUUUCAGAUUGUUACCCAUUUUAUGAUACAUGGUCCUUGCGGGAUAUUUAACCCCAAAUCGCCUUGCAUGGAAAAUGGCAUAUGUACCAAAAAAUUUCCGAAGGAUUUUCAAAUGGAAACAAGACCAAAUAUUGAUGGUUAUCCAUAUUAUAAAAGGCGAGAUAAUGGUAUUACAAUUCUUUCCGGUAAACCUACGGAUAAUCGUUAUGUUAUUCCAUAUAAUCGAUAUCUAAUGUUAAAAUUCAAUGCUCAUAUUAACAUGGAAAUUUGUACAUCUAUUAAAUCGGUAAAAUAUAUCUUUAAGUAUAUUUAUAAGGGCUAUGACUGUACGAAUGUUGACAUUAAUGUUGCUUCAAAUAUAAAUAUUCAUGACGAAAUUAAAUCACAUUUAAAUGCGGGAUAUGUGAGUGCAUGUGAAUCAAUGUGGAGAUUAUUAGAAAAUAAUAUGCAUGACCGCUCGCACGCUGUUAUUCGCUUAGGAAUUCAUUUACCUUUACAACAGCCAGUAUAUUUCACUGCUGGACAUGAAAGAGAUGCUUUAUUGAGAUCAGAAAAUAAACAUACUACUUUAACGGCAUGA